AUGGUGCACAGUGAGCUCCACGGCCUCGCAGAGCAGAGGCUGGAGGAGACCGGGUGCUCCCUGCGGAGCGCUCUGGCAGGCCGGGAGGCGGCCGCGGGCGGGUGGCCGCGGGCGCCGCUGGCCCCCGGGGAGGCGAUCGCGGCGCCGAGCGGCGCCUUCGAGCGGGACCCGCAGGAGUCGAGCACCACGGACGAGGAGCUGAGCCGCGCGGGCGGCCGGAGCACCACGCCGGACUACGGCGAGAGGCGGCUGCCGCAAGCCCUUAUCAUCGGCGUCAAGAAGGGCGGCACGCGGGCACUACUGGARGCCAUCCGGGCGCACCCCGACGUGCGCGCCGUGGGCACCGAGCCCCACUUCUUCGACAGGAACUACGAGAAGGGGCUGCAGUGGUACAGGAGCGUCAUGCCCAAGACCCUGGAGGGGCAGAUCACCAUGGAGAAGACGCCCAGCUACUUUGUGACCAACGAGGCCCCCAAGCGCAUCCAUUCCAUGGCCAAGGACACCAAGCUCAUCGUGGUGGUGCGCAACCCAGUGACCAGGGCCAUCUCCGACUACACGCAGACGCUCUCCAAGAAGCCGGAGAUCCCCACCUUCGAGGUGCUCGCCUUCAAGAACCGGACCCUGGGGCUCAUCGACGCCUCCUGGAGCGCCAUCCGCAUUGGGAUCUAUGCCCUGCACCUGGAGAACUGGCUCCAGUACUUCCCCCUCUCCCAGAUCCUGUUUGUCAGUGGUGAGAGGCUCAUCACGGACCCGGCCGGGGAGAUGGCCAAGGUGCAGGACUUCCUGGGCCUCAAGAGGAUUGUGACAGAGAAGCACUUUUAUUUUAAUAAGACCAAGGGGUUCCCCUGCCUAAAGAAGCCGGAGGACAGCAGUGCGCCCCGGUGCUUGGGCAAGUCCAAGGGCCGAACUCACCCCAAAAUAGACCCCGAUGUCAUCCACAGACUGCGGAAGUUUUACAAACCCUUCAACGUCAUGUUCUACCAAAUGACCGGCCAGGAUUUCCAGUGGGAGCAGGAGGAAGGCGACCAGUAGAGCUGUGGCAGCAGGGAAGGCUCUUCCUGCUGCUCCAGGAGCCGCUGCCAGGGGCGCGGAGGAGCCGGGGCUGCCAGCUCCGCGUGCGAGACCGGGAUGCGGGCGGCCGUGGA